CUGCUGCUUGAAUGGCACACAGGGGACCCAAGACGUACUUGCGUUUUUGAUCAACGGUAUGAUAUUAUUUUCGAGGGCUUUCAUGCAUGAUCGGAAUGCCAGAUGAAUAGAUCCGGUGCUAUUUUUUUUAUUAUUCUUAUUUUUGUAAAAAAAAAAAAAAAAUUGAGAUCUGGGGCUAUUCAUAAAACAUUCGGGGCUGCUGCCUCGGACGCCCAGGCCUAACGACGCCACAAUAAUUUAGAUAUCUGACAGAGCGAAGGAGAAAGGCACUUUUUAGAAAAUGACACAUGUUGGGAGAGACAACACCACAACAGAGAGACCAAAUCGGAUAUGUGUCUGCAUAAUAUCCUUUAUUAUUUUCCCUGUAAUUUACCUGAUAUACGAAGGCAAUUCACCACAAAAUAUCUUUAAAACUCCUGCCCCAGCGAAUCAUCAACAGACCCACAAGGCAUGUGGCUUCCCAGUACAAAGUGGCACCAUGAUCCCUGUGGAUGGCACAAAGUCUUACGUGGUCACUCCGUAUGUGGAGCACCGGGAUGUGGCAAAGGAAGUCCGCGCCAUCUCAGUUGUGUUACGCGAGGAGACCGCCAACUACUGCUGCAUGCUGUGCUGCAAGGGGCACAACUUUUCGGUUGCUGCCACCCGCAACGUCCACUCUGACCACUUUGGUUUUGACUAUGGCACCGGGGACAUCCUCUGCCCAGUGGUCAAUGAUUGUGACACACCAGAGUAUGUGGCCAUUUACUCUGACGCUGCUGCCAGUGACAGGGAAUGGAAACCCACCUUUAUCCCUGUCCAAAACCAGCAGCCCAAGACCAGCAGGUUUAACUACAAUUUCACCGUCUGCAUCUCCACCAUGUUUGCAGAUUACGACAAUGUACUGCAGGUGGUGCAGGCCAUGGAAAUGUUCCGGCUGCUAGGGGUUGACCGGGUGGCUUUGUACAAAACCAGCUGCAGCUCUGAGAUGCAAAAGGUGCUGGACUACUAUGAGAGUAUGGGAUUUGUAGAGCUUGUCCCCUGGCCGGUGGCCAAAUAUAUCUUUGUGUCCGAUGGUUGGAGGAAAUCUGAAUCCCCAGGGGACCUGCACUACUAUGGGCAGAUCCCUGCACUGAAUGACUGCGUCUACCGAUACAUGUAUAGGUCCAAGUAUGUGGCCUUGCAGGACAUCGAUGAGUACAUCCUGCCCUUGCGGGUGGAAAACUGGAAUCAACUGUUGAAGCAACUGGAAGACGAGUAUGGAACAGACAAAGGCUUUGAAUUCGAGGACCACAUUUUCCCUAACAACGUGGUGGACGGCAGGGGGGAGUUCAGGCCCCAGGAGUGGGGCAGCGUCCAUGGGAUCAACAUCCUUGAACACGUCCUCUGUGAGCCUCUCAUACCCGGCAGUUUCAACAACAUCAAAGUAAUCGCCAACCCCCGUUUGCUCUUUGAGGUCACAGUGCAUGGCUUUUUGAAGACACAGUCUGGCAGCGUCCCUGUGCCAGCUGAGGUGGCCCACUUAUACCACAUUAGGAGACCCUCUAAUACUCGCCUGACGAAAGCACAACUCAUAAGGGAUGUUCGCCUCAGACACUAUGCUCCUAGGUUGAUACCAGCCGUUACAGAAGUACUGAAAAAAUUAUGAGCAGUGUACUCUGGGAGACUAAAUCCGUAAUGGUUACAGCUGUACUCUGUUUCCCUGAAAUGAAGUAAUUACACAACACAUCUAUGCAGAAUUCUCCUCCUGACUAAUGUGAUUUUCUUUUCUUGCAGUGUAAUGGUUCGAAAAGACUUUAUGUACAGAAUAAUGUAAAAUGAGCAACUGUACGUCAGAUGUCCAUUGAUUGACUCCAAAUUAGGAGUACAUUUAUUUGCAUAGCAGAUGGCCCUACCGAUUGACAAUUUGGGUAACUUGCAGGAAAUACACUUGCACAGCUUAAUAGUAAUGUGAAGCAAGUCAGAUUAAGUGCUUUGAAUAAUGGAACAAAAGCAGCCGCCUUCCAAGAUUUCAACCUGUGACCUUAAGAUUACA